AUGGCCAAGUGGGAUCCCACCUACCCGCGCUCCAAGCAGCGGUCAACCCCGCCCCGCCGCAGCCUCGCGCUGCGCCGCAAGUGCUCGUCCCACCGUGUUGCGUCGGGGCUCUCCGCCAGAGACUCCAGCGCGUCUGGGGCGGAUCUGGAGCUUGCGGUGCCCAAGCGGCGGCGCAGCAUCGGCGGGUCCACGGACUGGAGGGCCGGGCUGCUGCCGCCGACCACCACCACAGCCUCCUCCUCCUCCGCGCAGAAGGGCAACGACGGCCACGCGCGUGUGAAGCGGGGCGCGUGGCUGGACGUCUCUCUGUCACUCCAUUUCUGUACCUCAAUUUCGAUCGCCUCGGCUAAUGAUACGUGGAAGAAGAUGGUGGCGGGCGCGUCGAGGAUGUUUGUGGAGAUGCACCGGAGCAGCCACGUGCAGCUCAUCAGCGACAUGGUCUAG